CACUGCAACUUAUUUGGUUACAUACGAAAUGGAAAAUUUCUGUGAAUUAAUUAAGUCUCAUGAAGAAGCAAUUAUUCAACAAUAUAUUGACAGAUGCAUUUAUUUCUAUGGUGGAUCUAUCGUCUGGGUCUACUUAACUACUAUUGUGAUCAUUACUGGACCUGCUGCUCUCGAUCAAACAUUUCCGACAAAUGCUGAAUAUCCGUUCGAUAUUUACCAUCAACCGAUAAAAUUUAUUAUCUUCAUAUAUCAGGCUUUUAUAUGCAUGCAAUGUGGUUCCCAAAUAUGUAUGAAUAUUUUCAUAGCCCUACUGCUUUGGUUUACAUCAAUGAGAUUUAAAUUAUUAAGCGAAGAAUUACGAGCAAUUGUAGAUAUCCAUGAUUUAAUACAAUGUAUUCAAAAACAUCAGAAAUUAUUAAAAUAUGCAGAAGAAGUGGUUUCUGUAGUUCGCCCCUUUGCAUUCUUAGCUAUAAGCAUUAGCACUUUUGCAUUAAUAAUAAUCGGAAUAAUCCUCAUUACUCAAGGGCAACCAUUAUCCAUGAAAAUUCAAUGCGUCGGUUUAAUUUUUGGUGGAUUAGCAGAAGUAUUUAUGUAUACAUGGCCAGCUGAGCAUUUGAUUCACAUAAGUAAUGAAGUUGGACAGACAGCAUUUAAUACGCAGUGGUAUAAAUUAUCAAUUACUCUACAAAAAAAUCUACAAAUAAUGAUACAGAAGUCUCAAAAACCAAUAAUUGUCGCAAUACCAUGCGUUAUGCCUACAUUAUCUUUAAAUUACUACGCAUCGAUGGAGGAUAACUAA